UCAAGCUUGCCCUGCCUGCCUCUGAGCCUCAAGCCCGGCAGUCCCGCCACUUUCGCGCGAACCGCAUCGAGCGCGCAGGGCUGAGGAAGUCAUGGCAGCCUCCGCGUUGCUGCAGAAGAAGACCUUCGUGACUGUGCAGGAAGAGGUCGCGCACAACCGCCUCAUCCAGAACAAGUGGUACCCAGGGGGCCAGCCUGCAGCCGCCAUCGAGGGUGAGGACGAGGUGCGCUUCAUGGGGGGCGAUGCCUACGUGCCCCGCCUCGUGGCCGCCAACGUGCCCAUCGCAAAGCCGGCGGCCGCACCCAUGGGCCCCGCGCCCGGGCCCACGUCCUACGCAGAGCCGCUGCAGGCGAAGAGACCCCUCUUCCUGAGGGGCGCCGGGGGCGGCGUGGCGCCGCAGGGCGGCGGCCCUGCGCUGCCCUCGGGCGGCGGCACUGCCAAGGGCGGCAAGGUCAAGGUUGACCCAGGACUAGCGAACUCCUUGGUCGUUCCCAAGGGUUAGAGGAGCUGCCCACUCAGGCGCAAUUCCCGUUCAGCCUUUUGAGCGGACCGGGCAUCUGAGAGAUAGCAAGGAGCACAGAAUGCCGUAGGAGUUGGCUUUGGUAAGAAAUGUGAAUAUUGUUCCUUGCUUUGAUUGGAACGCCCCUUUGCAUUGGUUUGUUUGUGUG